GACGCGAGCUGCCCAGUGAACUAACCGAACUCUUAUGAGAGAGUGGCCUGGCAAUCAAUGGCAUGGCAGAAUGCCUGAGACCAAGUUCUCUUUGACCACAGUCCGUGCAGUGCGCGCAGAGACCAUCGCGUUUCUCACCCUCUCCCUUCCCAGGGUGUGCGAGGAUCAUCGCGCGCCAACACAGCAGGUUCUUUGCGUACACACGACACGCGCGAAUUCUCAAAAAUGAGCAUGCACGCGUGGCUCGUGCAAUAAACGGCUCAUAAUGAAUCCCGCGGACGGAUUUCUGGUGGCGGCGAUGAAUCGCGCCACUUCGGGCUAAUUAAUUACGUCGCAGGCGAGGUCCGUUAUUAAGUAACGCCGCGACUCGAUCGACUAGAGCGAAGAGAGCAGAAAUCUGAUUUUCCGCGAUCCGCAGCUACGAUGCCGUUGUGACAUUGGUCAUUCCGUGAUAAAUUGACGUGCUAAGCGCGAGGAGUCCGGUCGAAUCACCGGGUGGACCAUGAACCAUGGAUACGCGACUCGAAAGUGACGCGACUUUGGAAGAGAAACGUAAGGAAGGUAUGUUGUGAAACGACGUUUUUCUAUCGAGCUUGACGAAAUCCGGGAAUGGGCAUGCGACUUUUCGCCACAACAUGUGGAGUUGCCUUGUAAUCGUCAAUUAUCACGUCGAUUGGCAAUUUAAUCUCUUGUUUACGUCGGCAAAUUUUUGAAAUUUUUGUCAAAAUUGCUACGUGUGUAUGUCUUAAAAUUCUUAUGUAUUUUGUAUCUCCAACCUAAAUUAAAAUUUCGAAGCGGACCUCGAAACUUGACUUGAAAUUGACGUCAAAAUGUUAAAACUGAAUGAAUAGGUUCGAUUUCGAGUUCCUCUUGAUUGAAGACGAUACACUGUGCGACAAUUCCCGGAUUAGAUAGACUUAUCCGCAUGCUGUAUCCGAAAUCUGCCUCCUGUAAAUUUGCUAAUCUCGCGCUGGUAAUUGUGCUAACAGUGCUGCGUAAUAACAAUUUAGCGCGCAAUGUAAAAUUCGUGCUUAUCCUGUGCCGAAAAUUUGCCGUUAAUUUCUGACACUUAAUGCCGCUAGCUAAAAUGCAAUUUGUCCGCUUCAUUAUUUCAGAGUUCAAAAACGGCUUAAUUGUACAAACACUUAUGUACAAGUGUGCUUCAUAACCGUCGUAUAAUACGUAAUAGAGUCGAGCUCCGAGCACACAUCGGAAUUGAUUUCGUUUCAGCCGGCGACUUUGCCUUGUCGAGAUCAGAUAUCGAAGCGCGAGCCGCGCGGAAAUGGUCUCCGUGUUUGUUCGUACCAAAUCGAUACACAAAACGUGCUUGUAAUGUUUUUUUUUUCUUAUCUAAACUAUACCUACGUCCUUUGUUGUAAAGGACCUGGUUGUAAAAAAUCUUUUUUUUUCAGGUAGCUUUUCUUUAAAUUUAUUUAUUCUUCUUGAUUUAAUUUUCCUCUUUAUUUUAACAAUAUUAAACUAAAUUGUUUUCUAAUUAGUUCAAAUGUCUAAUAUUGUAUUAGCGAUUUUUUUUACGCAAAUAACCGACAAAUGUAGUUUCGUACAAUUUAGUUUUUGUUUUGUCUUUUGUUAAUUAUGUUCUUUUUUAUUAUUCAGAUUUAUUUUUAUGUUUUAUUAUUUUGAACUUGUUUGAAAUUUAAACCAAGAUUUUGUCUCAACACAGUUUCAAAUCAGAAAACUAUACAAUUUCAUUUUGGUAUUAAAAAAAAUUUUGAAAUACAAAAACUUCUAACAGUCACAAACUGGUUUGUCGACUAUGGAACGAAACUCUACAUUUUUCAAGUUCAACCUUUAUUUUCUCUAAGAAAAUAUGGUCAUCAUAAUUAUAUUAUGAUGCCGUUUGGUUUUAUACGUUUCGUAUAAACCAUCGUUUCGAUUUUGCAGCACUAACGUACCAUUCGAUAAGAGAUCUAUUGUCGCUGUACUUGCGUUAGAUUAACAAGUUGUAACAAGUAUCGAAUUUGUAAGAAUGGAAAUGGAGUCUCGGUCAUAGGGUGUUGUUGCAUGUGCGAGGCAACUCUGAUGAAACGCACCGAGGUGUUCAUCGCUGGUGCACGCCCACGAACAUGAUCGGGAGAUCAACAAGUCGGAAAAUCAUGAGAUAUGCACCAGGUGCUUCGCAUGAAUCGGUUCGAGGUUGAUGUAUAGCUCGGGAUAGCGUGUCGCGUCGGCACACGUUGAACGCAAAUCUUUUUCUAAUGACAUGUUUCAAAGAACGCGCUUAAGCCAUGGGUAGCGGAGGAGUUGGUGAAGUACCGACGAUAUUUCACCCACGACGAUCGCGUACGUCGAAUAUAGCCUUCAUCGAAGAUCAGCAGACCCACGGUCCGUUCAUCACUCCCAUCCAGAUUGCGCUCCACGCUUCAGGAUGCGAACAGCAGCAGGGUUGCAGCGUCGUCGAAGGCGGUUCUGCGUCGAGUUAUCGCACUCUGGAGGCCACUGGAAGCGGAGGCGGCGGCGAUAGUGGGACCGGCGUGCAACCGACAGGCCAAACCCAAUCAUCGACCCACGUGACCUCGACUCCGGUGGUUCAGCAGCCGCAGCAGCCACAGCAGCCGAGUUCAAUUUCGACUUGCUUCGCCUCUUGCUGCGCGGAAAGCGCAAAGAAGAUAUAUUUCGGGGUGUGCGUGACGAUAUGCGUAACCGCGAGCUGGGUUGGAGCAACUCAUUGCAUUAAGUAUUUGUAUUUUCAUAAAUCAAACAAGAUCUCGUCCGAGUCUGCAAAUUCCUCCGUGACCGGACUUCAUCAUCAACAUAUCAUUCUUCCAUACGAUGCGCCCUUCUUCACGACGUGGUUCUGCACCAACUGGAAAGUCUUAUACUUUCCGGUAUACUUCAUCUGUUGGGCAGCCAGAACCAGGUGCGCCACCCCUUCGGAGAUAAUCGCCGAGAGCCUCCGCGGUUUCCGCGAUAAGGGUUUCACGGGCGGUCGCUUCUUAAUCAGAUGCAGCCUUUUCUGCGGCCUGUGGGUUAUCACGAAUUACUUGUACAUACUUUCGUUGAGGAUACUGCUAGCCACGGACGUGAUGGCGUUAUUCGCAACCAACGUUUCAUGCGUCUAUCUGCUCUCGUGGGUCAUUCUUCACGAACAAUUCGUGGGCGUGAGGAUAGUCGCGGUAAUCCUCUGUAAUACCGGUAUCGCGCUUUUAGCUUAUAUGGACGGCAUAACUGGAAGUCCGACGUUAGGGGGUGUCGUUUUAGCUACUGCAGCGGCAGCUGGCUCUGCCGUUUAUAAAGUCCUUUUUAAGAAAGUAAUAGGAGAAACUACGUUCGGCCAAAAAUCUUUAUUUUUCUCUCUUAUCGGUUUGUGCAACGCCGCCCUGUUAUGGCCGAUUUGCCUGGCUCUGUACUUUUCCGGAGUGGAAACCAUACAUUGGGCAAGAUUGCCAUGGGCAGCGUUACUCUCCGCCAGCAUCCUCCAUUUAGUUGCGAAUAUGCUCGGUAAUUUCAGCAUUGUGCUCACCUACGACCUGUUCAUUACUCUUGGAUUAAUAACAGCUGUACCUGUUUCUGCUGCACUGGACGUUAUUUUUUACGGGGCAACCUUCAUGGGCAUGAAAUUAGCCGGCAUGAUCUUCAUUGCGGUGGGUUUCUUCCUCGUAAUGUUCCCGGAUAAUUGGCCAGAUUACAUAACAAGGCUCCUCCGAAACGUAGUCCUCAUGAGUCACAGUACAAGUACCACGGGGGGCGGCCAGCAACGGGGCAGCAGGAGUAUCCUUAGGGGUCGCAGAGCGUCUCUACAGCAACGUCAGCAUCGUUUGAGGAGCUACGGCGUUUCCGCCGCGCACGGAGACGGUCAGACUCUAUUGCCGAUCAGCAACAACAACAACAACAACAAUAGCAGCAGCAACAAUCAGCCCAUCGCUCUUCGACAUGUUAACAACCCCCAACAGUACAGCUCGAUCUCCGAAACCCAAUCACGCCGUGUCCUUCCUUCUACCUCGACCCCCAUCACCUCGACCUCGACCUCGACCUCGACCUCGACUACCACCACCACCACCACCACCACCACCGUCGUCAGCAACAGCUAUUCGCAUGAUCCUCGUAAUCUACAAGGUAUGAGAACGAUCAGGCUGGUGGCGAAGCCACGCGUGAGGCGGUAAGAGAGAAAUCAGGUAGGAAUCAGGUGCGGGAAGUGAUCAAGAUCGAAUCGAACGUGAUCGUGAUAGUUGGCUGGCGACGAUUAGCACCGUGUAGAAUUUUGUUGUACCUUGUUGUAACGCUCGAGGUACGAAACAUGGCUGGGUAAUUGAGCAGGGAUUUGUUAGCGAGUGGCAGUCGCAAAUCAUCUUGUGUAAGCGCUGAAUAUUGAGUUGCAUUAUGUUAUAUUGCUGUCUGAGCUAGCGCCUAAGUGAUUAAUGUAACGUAGCGUAAACGCCGAACGCUAAUAGCGGGUAAUGCUAAUAUACAGGGUAUUCUAGAGAAGUAUCGCCUUUAUUUUAUAUUUCUUUCUUUUCGGCUAACUUAACAUCUUCUAUAGUAUUUAUCUUUCUUAAAGUUAAAUAGAAAAAGUGAUAAAGAUUAAAAUUUCCUUAAAAAGCAGAGUCCUUAAAACUAAAAAAAAAGAAUAGAAUUUUCUUGACUAUUUAAAUUAUUUCACGUCUGAAAGUUCUUAUUCUCUUUUUUUUAUAAUUUUCAAAGAGUACCGGGGUUUUCAUGUAUGUGUUUUAAUUAAAAAAGAUGUAACUUUGAAAAAAAAAGCAAAAGACAGUCACGAGACACCCUGUAUAUCUACUUGAAAGCAUAUGCGUGUAAUGAGGAAUGCCUUUAUAAAAUUCUAAAGUUUCUUCAUAUCUAUUUAUCUUAUCUUAGUUCAUAGUGGUCUGUUUAGUAUCCUGUUCCGUGUUCGGUGAAUGUUACAGGUAUUCAUAAAUGUUCCAAGUCAGUUUUAUUUUUAAAUGUAUACAUAUAUCCGUGUGUCCCUCAUAAAUUUUUGGAAUGAUGCAUAGCGACAUGUGUCAUGGUGUUCGGUAUUUAAUAAUACUGUUCCUGUUGUCAGUUCAGUUUGUUAAUUGUUUACCUGCAAAACGAGACGGGUAAUCCCAUGUAAUUCAAUCGAUUAUAUGUUCGAUUAGAAAUUUUUCGUUAUACAUUAAAAUUAAAUGAAACAUGAUGAAAGCAUAAAAUCACAUCUCCAUAUAGUAAUGGGAUAUCCGUGACUUUUUGCGUUGGAUAUGAAUUAAAUCUGAUUUCGCGUGGUAAUUUUCUACGAAUAUAGUAAUAUAAACAAAAAUAGAAAACUUAAAGAGAGUAAAGAUAGGAUCGCAAUUUAAAUUUACAAACACGCAUUAAGAAAUAUAAAUCAUACAUUUUUAUUUCAAAGAAAAUUAGACAUGGGAUAAAAAUAAUAAUAAAUUGAAUUUAUUUGUCUUUUGUUUUUGAAGUUACUGUGCUAAACACAGUAUAAUAAAUUUUUACAAAAUCUGGAAUUUAUCUUGCAUUGUGCAUUGCAAAAUACAAAUAAAUGUAAAAGAGAAUAAUUAACCAAAUAGCACAUAAGACGUAUAUCCUUAGAAUGUUCUAUGGAUAUCUUUAGAAGAUUUGUGCUAUUAGGGUAUGAACAAAAUAGCAAUUGUAUUUUUGUAAUUUUUUUUGCGAUUGCGCGUCGUAAUUAAUAAAGUAUCGAGGAUAUCAAUGUAGGAAAGUUUCCACGCGUUUUUUCCACUGAAUCGAUAAAAAACAAAACACGUGUUUUGCAUGCUGAUUGAGAUUUCUGUUAACGACCGUUAAAAUCACUGUGAAUAACACAAUUUUCGUUUGCAGGUGGAGCAGGAGACACAGGCACGGCGUGACAGAUGGAUCAUCGCGUGAUGCGAUCGAUUAUCGAACCGGUUACAUAAAAUCACACCUACGCUCGCCCUCGGGCAGGGUUCGGUGACUAAACACAUUAAAAAUCAAAGCAAUAAUUAAUACAAUGGUAACAAAGAGCUACGUAGGUCUCAUUGGCAAUGGCUCGAUGAUCAGAAACAUCAUCGUUUAUUAGUAUGAAUACGAAUUCGGCCAGAAAAUAGAUUUACUCUAGCAAUACUUUUAAAUCUUUUGAAUUCUUAAGACUAUACCUUGAAGUAUAUUAAUGGUGUAUCAUUCCAUCAAUAUCAGUCAUUUUCAAUUAAUUUAACUUUUUAGCAUCAAUUCUGAAAAUCAAUCGAGAAAAUCAGAUUAAAAUUAAGUAAACAAAUGCAAUAAAAAGUCUGUCUUCAAUUUAAUACUUUUUGAACAAGUACUUACUUAAAUUUUUUAAUUUAUUUAAAAGCUCAUUAAACAUAGUAAGAUACGUGUAAUGAAAUACGUGUAAUUAAAACUGCAAAGUAAAAAAAAUGAUUUUAAAAUGCAUAAAAAAGUUUUUAAAGAGCUUAGUGUUAAGAAACAUCUCAUAAAAGUAUAUUAAUAACAAUUAAUAUUAUUAACAAAUAAUAGUUAAUAUUCUCUCUUAUUGAUAUUUUCUACUCUUUUGCUAUACGAUCAUCGUUUUUUGAAAGGCUACAAUCAAAGUAUUCACAUAUUGGAUCUAGGAGAUAUCUCCAUGGUAUUAAUGUACAUAUUAUCGAUGUAUGUAUAUGUGAUAACUGUAGCUCAAUUAGCAUGAACAAAAUUUUAGAUCGACUACAUAAGCGACUACGUAAAACUUCUUUAGGUAUUCCUACAUACAGAUGAGAGAUUCUACGAUCCUUACAGGAACUUAAUAUUGACAGUAUUAAAUUAGCCAACGAUUAAUUACUCAUUUUAAUAAAAGUAUUAAAAGCACUAGCAAUACUCUUAAUACGCAAAAUAAGUAAUUAAUAAUCGAUUAAUAUCGAUUAAUAUUGCCAAUAGUAAACUUCUGUAAGGAGAGGAAACUUGCUGAUAUAUUAAGAAAUAAAGACAAUUUGCUAUUUACUAAAAUAAACUCGAUAAACUCAAUUUUUAACAUUAUAGCGCGCUAUCGAAAAUGAAUCGGCAAAAAAUUCAAAUGCAACGAGAUUUGUCGGUUUCAAUACGUUUUCAAAUAAAUCGUGGAAAAUAUGUUAGAAAUAAUAUUUGGAUCGAUAUUUUUACUCGACUGUUUCACGCUAUCAUAAUAUUCAAUGUAAUGUCAGUAAUGGAAGUUACAAACGGAUAUGAAUAAUAUAUAAGACAAUCAGAAAUAGUGAAUUAGCUCUAAAUAACGUUUUUCGUCUCUGAAGAUAUUGUUGAUCCGUAUAGAUGUUAUUUAGCAGAUCUAUCGUGACAAAAAUUCAUGAUACCGAUGUUUUACCGCAAUACGCAUUUGCAGAUCGAUACAAAUGGCUCAUAGUGAUAUUCUUAUCUCACGGAAUUAGCGUAAUAUUACAGGGUUGAUAGUUUUAUUUUUAUUCUAAGUCCUUCUAUCCAUAAUGUUCGGACGGUGUCGAAAUUUGUGAUGUUUAUAGUCUGUAAACCGAGAGAUAUUUAAUACGCCAGGAAUACUCGGCACGUGACAGCUCAAUUUACGAUAUUCAUCGUUCUCGUGUUACACUAAAUAAAGUUAAUAUAACGAAAUUUGGGAGUUAUUAAGGUUCGUGAACGGCUUAAAAUUUGUUUACGACGAAACUACAAAAGUCUCGUCAAACUCGAAUUACUAGGAAUAUCUGUAUCUAUACAUAAAUUUCUAUAAACAAAUUACGUCUUAUAUAUUGACCGUAAAUAUAUUUUUGUAAGUGUCACAUAGGCGACAUUUUCAUAGAAUUAUUUUACACCGAUAUUUCCUUUUUAAAUUCCUCUUUAAAUUUACACCAAUAAUAAUUAUCUCUAUUUGUGUUAUUAAAUACAAUUUUAUGUACAUAAUUAUGACAGAUAUUUACAAAUUUUGCAAUUAAUUCUAACACUUUGAUAAAAAAUACGUCGGAAUGUAUGUCAACAGAUUUAUUUCACUUGUACAUAUACUGUCAAUAACACAAAAGUUAACACACACCAUGGUUGUAACCGCAGUAAUUACAACAUUUAUUGUAAAAAAAUAUUGUAAUAGAGAUUCUAGUUUAAUGUGGAUAUACAAGAUAAAUAUUAUGGAAACAUUGUGCAAAUUAUCGAAUGAAUGUGAUUGUGUUAAUAAUAAAUCUAGUUUUUAGUAUAAA